CAUAAGCACCAAACCAAGUACGCUACGCUACGCUAUAAUUUUGUCAUAGUGUCAUAAUUAAGUAAUUCUCUUUUGUUUCAUUGCUUGUGUCGAACUGUCGAUAAUAAAUUCUUCAAUUUUACGUUGUUGUUCUUAAAUGUUUUCAUAUGUGGUUAGAAGAUAGCAUUUCUAGUCAUUAUCUAAAUUUCUGUACAAGUUAGAAGUCAAAAACAGGUGCAAUGGCGGUGCUGGCUGCAGCUCAGUUGUUAGAUGAGUUGAUGGGCAGGCAUCGGAACACCAAUCCAAAUGAGAAAAUAAAGAAACCUAAUUGGGAAGACCAGGAGUACUGCAAGUAUUACAUGGUGAAGUUCUGUCCCCAUGACCUCUUUGUGAACACGAGAGCUGACCUGGGCGUAUGCCCCAAGGUCCAUGACGAUGAGGUCAAGGACCUCUUUGAGAAGGCUGACGCUUCUUACAAGAAGUCGCAAUAUGUGGAGGAAUUUCUACGAUUCUGUCGGCAUAUGAUAAAUGAUGUUGAAAGGAAAAUCCAAAAAGGAAAGCAAAGGUUGGAGUUGAUGAACUCCAAACCAGAAGGUCCACCAAUGACCCAGGCGCAAACUGAAAAGAAUCAAGAGCAGGUCCAACUUCUCUCCGAGAAGAUACAAGCGUUAGUCCAAGAAGCAGAGGAGGCAGGUACCAGAGGCGAUGUUGAACAAGCGCAAGGCCUCAUGAAGCUGUGUGACCGGCUCAAAGAAGAGAAAGAUACGCUACUGAAGCAACAGGAGAACAGCCAUUGGUCCAUGACCGCUGAGCUGGCUGCCGCCCAAGAGAAGCAGAUGGAGGUGUGCCCGGUCUGUGGCGCCUUUCUCAUCGUCGGAGAUGCUCAGCAGCGCAUCGAUGACCAUCUCGGGAAGCAGCAUGUUGGCUACUUCAAACUCCGCCAAGCCUACGAAGAAAUGAUGGAGUCCCGCGAGAAGGAACUACAGGAGAAAGAGAAGAAGCGUCGCGAAGAGCGAGACAGGGAGCGCAGCUCCCGCGGCGGCGGCCUCGGCUCCGACCGGCGAGACAGGGAGAGGAUGGAGAGAGAUAGAGAACGCGAUCGUGGAGACAGGGAUAAGAAGGAUGAUAAGAGCGACCGGGAUAAGGAAAGGGAGCGUCAUCGGUCGAGCCGGGAGGAGAAGAGCAGCCGCCACGAAGAGCGUGACCGUGACCGCGAGCGGGACCGUGACCGUGACCGCAGAUCGCGCAGGGAGAGAAGGUCAUCCCACGAUCGCUCGCGUCGCCGCUCCCGCGAUCGCCACUAGCUUCUGACUGAGGUAUCACAAAUAGCGCCUCACAACGUUGGCACCCUUAGACGAAGACGCCCUGGAUCACAAAAAGAGGUACUUUUGAAUUAAGCCAUCUAACCACUGAAGAGAGAAGGCCGCAAGCAAUCCAGGAUCGAAGUCGAGAAAUUCGAGAAUACCCCCGCGUUCCGAGGUGACAUAGAUUUACCCGUAGUUUUAAGGUAUGAUUGGUCAUUAGAUUACAAAAAAUCUACUAAAAGUAGUCAAUAAAAAUGUCAUAUUUUAAAAUAUGUAAGCAAGUCUUGGUAUUAAUGAUCCAAUUUCUAUUAACUAGUAUACAUCUAGAGUGUUAUACUUCUUCGAAACGUUAUAUCGUAGUCAGUCUUAUGAAAUAAUCCCUAUACUGGUACACUAUGUCUUUUGGUUUCAGUGAAUUCUCUAAAAACAAAACACAAAACGUAAAAUGAGCGGAGUUUUCGUUCUUAUACGAUCUUCCUUUAAAGAAAAGAGUCAGUAUGACUUAUUUGUGGUAGAUUUUUGUAAUCUAAUUAUCAAUCAGUUUAAUAAUAGUUUAGGCGUUGUUCAAGACGGUUUACACCAAGUAACGUCCUGCAUAGGACCUGUUAUUUUUACGCUUAGAGAAUAAUUGUAAAGUGUAGACCUCUGUUUCCUAGGAAGCUCUGUAAUGUUAAAUAUACCAGUUGCCACUGAGGAGUGAUUCAGGUAUUUAUGCAAUUAUUAUUAUUUCGUCAUAAUGAUGUUUUUGUGAUCGAAUUUUGUUGGACGACUUGAAUGUGUGAACUAUGGGAUAUUUCAAAGGAAUAAAAGAUAUAACCAU